CUACAAGCACACCAACCUCUUCAAAAUCAUCAUCCGAUCCCCUUCACUUUUCCAAACGUUUCUUGCAUUCAUGGCCCUUUAAGCCAAUAUAUAUAAAAACAUAUAUUGCAUCGAAUCUGCCAAUUUCAUCUGAAUCUCAUUUCAUCAUCUUCUUCUUUGACCUGUUUACGCGCUGGAUUCCGACCAUGGCUGACCGGAAAUCCGCCGGACUUCACUCCGGCCAUCCUCUGGCCAGUCCACCACUCCUUGCGGCGGUCCACGAAGACCCUCCCAAGAAACCAAAACGGAACAAAUAUGCCUUAGCCUGCUCCAUGUUGGCCUCCAUGACUUCCGUUUUACUUGGCUAUGACAUAGGAGUGAUGAGUGGAGCAUCAAUUUAUAUAAAGAAGGAUCUGCAGGUCUCCGACGUGCAGGUGGAGCUGCUGAUUGGAACUAUCAACAUAUACUCGCUCGUCGGAUCCGCCGUGGCGGGGCGGACUUCCGACUGGAUCGGCCGCCGCUACACCAUAGUCUUGGCGGGUGGCAUUUUCUUUGUCGGCGCACUCUUGAUGGGCUUCGCCACCGGCUUCUCUUUCCUUAUGGUGGGUCGCUUUGUCGCCGGAAUCGGCGUCGGAUACGCCCUGAUGAUCGCUCCGGUGUACACCGCCGAGGUGGCGCCCGCCUCCAUCCGCGGCUUCCUCACUUCCUUCCCUGAAGUAUUCAUCAAUUUUGGUGUUUUACUUGGAUUUGUUGCAAAUUACUCAUUUGCAAGGCUUCCAUUACACUUGGGAUGGCGAUUGAUGUUGGGAGUAGGUUUGGUUCCGGCGGCCAUACUAGCGGUCGGCGUUCUCUCCAUGCCGGAGUCGCCGCGGUGGCUGGUGAUGCAGGGCCGCCUCCGAGACGCCAAGAAAGUUUUGGACAAAACUUCUGAUUCCAUGGAAGAAUCCCAGCAGAGAUUAGCGGAUAUUAAAGAAGCGGCGGGCAUUCCGGCGGACUGCAAAGACGACGUCGUGGAAAUCAAGAAGGAGAUGAGCGGCGGCAAGGGGGUUUGGAAGGAGCUUUUCGUCCAUCCGACCCCGAAAAUCCUGCACAUUCUGUUGGCCGGCGUCGGGAUUCAUUUUUUCCAGCAGACGAGCGCGGUGGACGCGGUGGUUAUGUACAGUCCGAAGAUAUUCGAGAACGCCGGAAUCGAGACGGAAAAGCAGCAGCUUCUGGCCAGCAUCGGCGUCGGAUUCUCGAAGAUGAUUUUCUGUCUGGUCGCCACUUUUCUGCUGGACAGAGUCGGCCGGCGAGUUUUGCUCCUGACGAGCGUCGGCGGCGUGGUGGUUUCGCUCCUGUGUUUGGCCGCCGGCUUAACCGUCGUCGACCGGACGACGGAACAGCUGCCGUGGGCCGUCGCGUGGUGCGUUGUCAUGGCGCUCGCCUGCGUCGCCUUCUUCUCCAUCGGCCUCGGCCCCAUCCCGUGGGUGUACAGCUCCGAGGUUUUCCCCCUCCGCCUCCGCGCCCAGGGCUGCGCCAUCGCGGUGGCGCUCAACCGCCUUCUAAGCGGCAGUGUACUAAUGUCCUUCAUCUCCCUCUACAAAGCCAUCACCAUCGGCGGCGCUUUCUUCCUCUACGCCGGCUUGUCCGCCAUAGCUUGGCUAUACUUCUUCGCCUUGCUCCCGGAAACUCAGGGCAGAACGCUGGAAGACACGGAGGCUCUGUUCGGAACUUUUUUCCGGUGGCGGUCCACCCUGAGAGAGCUGGAGGGGAAGAAAGCUGCAGAAAACGGCGAACUUAACGGCGAGGCAUAGUUUGGAGAAUGCAUUGCAUGCGUGGACUUUUCUACGUACCAUAUAUACUUACAUAUAUAUAUA